AUGAGCUUCGCCUUCCGCAAUUUCCUCCGCAAUGCCAGCCCUCGUUUCUUCCUCGGUUGGACAGUCGACUGUCUAGGCGUAUUCUGCGCCGCCAUCCUGAUCGGCGAACACUUCUACACCAUCCAACGCAGCGAGGGUCCCUCCAUGAUCCCCACAUUCAGCGUCCGAGGUGACUGGCUCUUGAUAUCGCGACGACAUGAUUACGGCAAAAAUAUAAAAGUGGGCGAUGUGGUGCGGUUCUCGCACCCGUCGUUUUUGGGGGUAAAUGGUGCUAAGAGGGUGAUUGGGAUGCCAGGCGAUUUUGUGUGUAAGGAUCCGGUGUAUAGUACGGAUGUUGGGGCGAGUAAUGAGAUGAUUCAGGUACCGGAAGGGCAUGUCUUUGUCGCGGGGGAUAAUUUACCGUGGUCGAGAGAUUCGCGAAACUACGGACCUGUGCCUAUGGGGUUGAUAAACGGCAAGAUUAUUGCGCGGGUAUGGCCUCGGUCAAAGAUGCAAUGGGUUGAGAACAAUCUGCAGCCAGCACUAGAGAAUGAGCAAUAG